AUGACACACCUGGGUCAACAAUUCUCGCCUGUAUGCAUGGCUGAUGCUUCGGCGAUUUCACCACGCACACAAACUCCUGACAUGGCAUCUACAGAUAGUCAUCAUAAAAAUCACCUUUGCAAUAUCAGGAGAAGAAAGAAUAGUUUUGGUGGCGUUUAUGAGGUACUCGGAACUGAAGAAGACAAUGUAGUUUCUUCUGACAUCAACAAAGGUUGUUUGACUGUACCUCAAUCAUCACUUAGAGAAAAGUCACGUGAUAAUAGUGUCGUUUUCAAAAGUGGCAAGACAAGCAACGCUACACAAUCCAGCGAUAGCGAGGAUGACGAGGGGUGGGUUAGAACUUCCGCGCGUGCAGGAUCUCCUGUUGACUCAAAGCCAAGCCAGAUGACAAGUACCACAAAAUUUCAAUCCUUCCCAGACGUUGAACUUGAGGCAACUACGCCGCAUUAUCCUAUCAUUAACUUUAGCGAAUGCAUUGCGAUUCCCACUGAUGUGGCUACCACAACCUUUCCUGAGUCCAAAUACCCCCACCCCCCCACAGAAAUGCAUGGUCUCCCUCCCACUGCUCCCGGAACGUGUGCUGACGAGUUGGAUUUAAUGAUAAACGAAAAGCAGUCUGCAACUACUAUUUGUGCUAAAAGACACCUUAUGCAGUCCACAGCUUUCUCUCGCUCUACUCUUGUGCCGCGGAUGCCUCCACUUGUUCACACUGACAGCAACGCUUCUACAGAAAUAGGAAGCAAAAGCCUUAAUUAUAGCUGCAUUCCAAACCACAUACUCAGCUGUGGUUGUGUACACAAUAAUAAUAACAACAAUAGCAUUUUCAUGGAUUUGGUGCCUAGUUCCUUUUCUAAUACUCCAGGCACAUGGAGCCCCAAUCCAACAUCAACAAACAAGGUCGAGUCGUCGUUUCUGUGUUCGAUAGUGAAACAUAAAGGUCGUUCUGCCCUCAUUGCUGAGCUGAUGCAUCGCAGAGAGUGCCUUAAGAAGAAGCUCACACAACUUCAACUUGCAGCCACAGAAAAGAACAUAUUUGCUAUUGUACGUGCCAGCAAAGCGUCGCAGCUACAGUAUCUACUUCAGGAAAGGCUACUAAAUGUCAAUAAAAGAGAUUACAAUGGCUGCACCCCGUUACAUGUCGCUGUGAGUGAAGGUAAUAUGGCCAUUGUUAAAGUUCUCCUGUCCUUCGGUGCGGAUAUUCUGGCGUUGGACAGCUUCGGCAGAACCCCAUUAGAUUGUGCAGCAGCGCACCGACAGAGUGGGGUGGCGAGAUAUUUGAUGGCAGUAAUCCGUGCCCCAUCGCAACAAGAGGUGGAGGCAGCAGCAGAUAUCCAGAGCGCUGAAAAAAAUGACGAUCAAGUGUUUGCUGAUCCUCCUGAGGUAUCAUCUUCAUUGUCUUUGCCAUCUCCUCUUGGUUGCUCGAUGGCGUCGAGUCUAGCACAAGCACAGGACCGUAAAAUUAGUAUAGAUGCAUCUUUUCUUUCUAUUCCAGACUUCGCACCUUCACAGCCCUUCGACAAAGUCAACGAGGAGAUCAUGAACGACACCUCAAGCUCUGCCCUCUUGAAGGCUGCACAACGCAGUGUGACACCACAGGAGGUCGAAGCUACAAAAAAAGAAAUAGAAAACACUGAUGCUAUCAAGGUCGUUAAUCUUUUAGAGGGGCUACCACCAGUAGGAAUAGAUGCAAGCCUUAGAGCUACUCUCAACUGUGUUAGUUCUAGUGAUGUGCCGUUCUCACAACCUGUGCCGGUUCUGAUAUCUUACACGGAUGAUAACACACGCAACGAGAAUGGUGCAGAUGUGGGGAAGACGAUAUUAACUGAUUCUCAACUGAUGGAAGCCCAACGAUACGAUGCACUCGUGGGAUGUACAGAGCAGGUACAGGAGUUACCAAAUGCAACAAUUGGUGAUGCAAAGAGUAACUGCACUAUUGGCAUUGAUUCGCAGAAUUGGCGCUGUGAAUUUAAGGCAACUAUGACACCAUUUGUGACCACUAAAGCGGUGGUUUUGGAGAAGCCUUUGGAAUCUUUUGUAGAACCUGAUAUAAAAGCUAACCAGAGUCUGAAGAAAUUAAUCCUGAACAACGAAGCUGAAAAGAUUUUUUCACACGAAAAGCCAAUGGAUAUGGGGAUUACUUUAAGGGAACAUUCCAAAUUUACCACUAUACCGGACAACGUAUCCCUGAUUGUGUGCUUGUGUGGGUUGCCGGCGCGUGGUAAAAGCUACAUUACGAUUCGUUUGAUGCGCUACAUGAACUGGAAGGGCAUUCCUUGUCGUGUCUUUAACGCAGGGAGCUAUCGCCGAAAGUUGUUGGGCACUGAAGGAACCUCCAAAGCUGAUUUUUACGACCCCAACAAUUUUCAAGGGCGAAAGCAGCGCGAGAUCAUGGCAACGCUCGCGUGUGAAGAUCUUAUAAACUUCAUUAUGCUCUAUCGAGUUGCUAUUGGUAUUUUGGAUGCUACCAAUACUACCAAAUCGCGUCGGUCGAGGCUAAAAAAUUUCUUCUCUAUGGAAUGUGGAAGACGUGGUCUUCAGUAUCGCCUUUUGUUUAUUGAAUCGGUGUGCACAGACGAGGGAAUUAUUACUGAGAACAUUUUGCGCAGUAAGUGUAAAAAUGGUGAUUUCAAAGGUAUAAAUGACACAAACGUCGUUAUUGCUGAGUUCCGAAAACGCAUUCAGCAAUACGAGAAGGUCUACGAGACCCUCCACCCAAGUGAAGGACUGUCUUUUAUCAAAAUCAUAAACGCCAAGCAUCACAUUAUUCUUUACAAGGUUUCUUCUGGAUUAGGAAGCCGUGUGGGAUUUUUUCUGAUGAAUCUCCAUCCUAUUUCAUACCCCAUAUAUAUAGUACUUCCAGGCGAGACUGAAGGGGAUCAUGAGGGCGUGUAUGGUGGCAGCGAACGUCUUACACCCCGUGGUGAAUCUUUUUCAUGGGCCUUAAAGAACUUUAUACAGGACCGCUACGUGCCGCACAUGCUUAUUCUUCACGGUACAAACCAGAGUGUACUAAGCACUUUACGACCCCUUUUACAGGGUGACGACGAAGCCACUCUUAAGUCAAAUCUGAACUAUCUAUACCAACCCUUAGUUCACCAUCAUGCCUUUGAUGGAGAACGUGCGCAUCACCGUCACCACAGAGACGAAGACAGUGCCACUGCACUAGCACGCAAUACUGGCAUAGUGUUCUGUCGUCAUGCUGCUAAUCCGGAACAUUCAUCACGCAGCAUGAUUUUACCAAAUAUUUCUAAUGCAUCACGUGUGGUAUCACCCAGCUCACAGAUGGAUAGAACGCCCCUUCCCAUGAGAUCGAUGGGAGAGGUUGAUGUGGUAAAGACUAUGAAAGGCGGAUACGUUAACAUGGUACCUUUUUUGGAUACCCAUUGUCAACAAUCACAAGAGCAUCAGGAUGGGCGAAAAGGUGUUUUAUCACACACAGAAUGCCUCGAGAACAAUGAUGAGGAUGAUGAAACAAUUGAAGAAGUCUUGUGUGGGGUGCCGGGGCUGGAUAAUAUUAACUACGGUCUUUUUAGCGGUCGUGACGCGACAUGGGCACUCCAGCACUACCCGCGGCUCUUACCUCUGAUUCAUGUUAGCGGUCUAGCGGAUCCACACCCUGACCCUGGAGUCGUAGAAGCCGAGGCGACGGCGCAGGAAGGCGCAAAAGUGGAAGCCUUCACCGCCACACCUACCAUCACUAGAUCAAACCAGGGACAUGGAGCCUGUGUCACACCGCCGAUACAUUUCUCAAGCUUCGAGGAUGCUCUCCGUUGUCUCUGUCGUUUCCCUACAGAUGUGGAUCCAAGUCUUGCCUAUAACAUGCACUUCCCAAAUGGAGAGAGCUUUCGGCAGGUUAGCGUGCGCUUGGAGCCGGCGUUGAUGGCGGUGAUGAGAACACAGUCAUCCGUCUUUGUGGUAGCAUCUCCAAUAACAGCACAGGGUGUACUGGCUUUUUUCGCCGAUGUCAUGCCGGAACAGUUAAUGACGCUGCGCUUACCACAGCACUGCGUUGUUGAGAUCGGCUUUAACGAGUCCAUUAUCGUGCACCCGUUGCUUCCAGACUCUGAAGUUAAUUGCAAGCCCAAUGUAGUAUCACCUAUUCUGACGCAAGAGGAGAUAAAUAAAACACUUAAACUGGCGUACUCUACUCAUUACUUGUAUUGA